GCGAAAGCCUCACAAAAAGCCAGAUGAACAGGCCCAGGAGGAGGAGGCUACCAGCCGAAGGGGGUAGCCGAUUCCAGGAGAAGAUAUUCUGUCCUCGUCGUUCACAUUACCGAACAGGUGUCGCCGGGGAACCACAACAAAGUGAAAUGCAUCACAAAUCAUGAUGUCCGCCUUCUAUCGAGACCAUUCCUCUGCUCUGUGAGCGUCGGUAGGUUUCUCGCCGCCUCUUCAGGGGAUUCUGCUGUCUGAGUCCGCCCUGACCCGCGAAACUGCCAGGCGAUGACAGCGGCCACAGUGAUGAGGGACCGGCUGCUCCAGGCCAUCGACGGCCAGAGCAAUCAGGUACGCAACAUGGUGGUGGUUAUGGAAGUGAUAUCUCAUCUAGAGAAGUAUCCUAUCACCAAAGAAGCACUGGAGGAAACCCGCCUUGGGAAACUGAUCAAUGAUGUCCGAAAGAAAACCAAGAACGAGGACCUUGCAAAAAGGGCCAAGAAGCUCCUUCGGAACUGGCAGAAGCUUAUUGAGCCCGGAAAGAAUGAGUUGCUGUCCAAAGGACUUACUGGUGCAUCCUGGUCCAAUGGCAGUGCUCAUCCAUGCAUAUCCACUCCAACAGCAACACCGCCGGCGACUAAAACGGGCCCUGAGCUGAAGAACAGGAAUGACUUCAACAACUGCUCCUCAAGAGCAGAAAAAACAAGCAACAAGAAACCUAAAGGUGAACAGAAGGAUGGUCAGGUCCUGUCAGCCAGGAUCCCCCAAACUACACUCAAUGUUAAAACGCAGAACUCAAAACAGCUGCCAGCCAAUGGACUGAGUGGUAGCGCCGAAACUCUUUCUUUAGACCGAGAGGUUUGUGAGCCGCUGGACAAAAGCAAGCUAUGUAAAAUCCCCAUACAUGCUGUAAAACCUCAUUCAAGUGCCCCAGGACACAGCAGGCCUCCUAGCACCCCUUCCUUGAUAAAAUCAUCUGUUCUGCAACAGCAAGUGAGACAGGAAGCAGCUGCCUCUGUGGGGCAGUAUCAGCCACGAAGCCCACGCUGCUCAGGGCACAGUCCUCGCACAUCUCCAAAGCACGAGGCUGUAGUCAGACAAACUCUAGCUCCAGCCCCUGGACUGGGGGAGUCCGCUCAGCCUUUCACUGUUUGCAUUCAGGGGAUUCAGCCUGGUGGUUCAGGCCAUUCAGAUUUGGAUUCUCCAAGCAGGCCAUCAAGUGAAUCUGUUCACAGCUCUGCCACCUUCUCUUGCGGUGAGGCUGUCAGUUUGGAAGAUGAAGGCCCUACGAGCAAUAUAGGGAAGAGGAAAAGACAAAAAUACCGGCCUAAAGACUACGUGGUAAAUUUAGAUGGACAGACUGUAGAAGAAGGCACCAAGCCAGUCAGGUUAAAAGACAGAAGACUCACAUUUGAUCCUGUUACAGGACAAAUCAAAGCCUCCUGUCAAAGGGACUCUUCCCAGGAGGGUGAGGACACACUGGUCCACAGACCCGAGCAACAGGCAACAGACCAGAUGAAGCAGAACCCUCAGAUUGUCCCCAGUCCCUUUCAACAAACCGACUGGAAAGAGUUGUCUCGGAGCGAAAUCAUCCAGUCGUACCUCAGCCAGCAAAGCCACGUGCUGACAUCCUCAGGCACCCACACCCCUGGAGCACACUUUUUCAUGACCGAGUUCUUCAAAAAGGAGGAACAUUUAAUAAUGAAUAAAGAUGCAAAGAAUACGCACACGCUGGCUUUUGACAGCCUACCCAAAGAAUUACCAGGAGUUAACAGAGAAAUAAACAACGAAGACCUGAACAGAUUACACACACAACACUGGUCUGGGGUUAACGGCUGCUUUGACACAAAAGGGAAGUGGUACGACUGGACCGAGUGCAUCUCCUUAGACCCACACGGGGAUGAGAGCAGACUCAACAUACUGCCCUACGUCUGUCUGGAUUGAAACUAUCAGCUUUGUUAUUGGAGGUUUUAAGUUGCCUUCACUGUGCAGGAGAACCGGCUCUGUGUGAAGUCACUGCUGCUGUUCAGUGCUGUUUUUGGGAAACGGGAGUAAAUAGGCUGCUUAUGUGGUUGUGACUUUCAGUACUGAAAGUGUAAUCAGCUUUUCUUCAAGCUUUUAUAUCUUUUUGACCAUACGUGCAGGCAUUUAACAGCUAGUAUUUACAAGGCACACAGAGGAGCAGCACUGAACACUCGGCAUGGCCUCUAUGGGAAAGCUUGUUUGAAAACAUGCAGCGUUUUGUCCAUCCUGUGUUAAUCUUACACUGUUCUCAAGCUAUGCGAAAUGCACCAUCUGUGAAACUUCUGCUUCCCUGCAUUUUUAGUUUACAAUAAAUUAUCUUUUAAUUUAAAGUUUAUUAAAAAAAAAAAAGUCAGUUUCCACCACAUGCUUUUAAUCCCUUUUGUUUGAAUGCACUUCACACACAAACUCGUACUGAUGGUCUUUUUUUUUCUCUCAAAUGAAUCUGCAUCAUGAAGAAGGUAUUUUGCCUAUUUAAGCUGUUAAGAACUGUCGGCAAGUAGUUUUCCAAACAGAUUUGAGAGAAACUUUUAUCAAAAUUCACUUCUCUUAUGCUCAUGAUACACAAAUUAAAUGUCAGCAAUUUUUUUUGCAAGAUUUGUUGCUAACAUGUAUGAUAUUUAUUCACAUGGAUUUUUAUGAUUUAUUAACAUGUUUAGGCUACUUUAAAUUAUAUGUGGAAAGAAUUCUUCAGAAUUGGUUUUGGUGAUGGAGAUGUCAUAGUCCACAGGUUUCUCUGUUAUAUACCAAGAUACUACUUUAUUUUAAGCAGGAGAAAUAUUUUACGUUGACAAAUGUGUUCUGAUUUAGUUUAAAACAUGCCUUUUUUUCUGUGUAAGUUGAAUAUGUUGUAAAACAUUAAUUGGAAAAGCAGAUAUCGCUACUUUGUACUGUCAGGGAAAACUAUAAAAAAAACAAAUUGACAUGCUGGAUAAACUACUUAAGAGCAUUCCUUUAGAUGUCGUUCGCCUUAUGGAAACUUGUGAUUUCCCAGAAGACAGAGCCUUAGUGAAUGUACAGAUAUGAACUUUUGUGUUCAAUUGAACACAGAAGAAAAAGAUUUGCUACCUAGUCCUUUGAGUGGACAUGUUAAUGUGUUAAUUAAAAAAAC